AAUUAGCAGUCGAUUUGAAUGAAGAUAAAUGUCGAAAAAUUUGACUUUGAAAGUUCCAAAAUUUUUAUGUUAAAUCGUAUAUUACAGGGAAAAAAAAGAGAGAAAAAGAAAGAAAGAAGGAAGGAAGGAAGAAGGAAAGGAAGAAGGAAAGGAAGAAAAGAAAGAGAAAGAAGAAAGAAAUAAAGAAAGAAAGGAAAAAAGGAUUGGAAGGAAGGGUCACAGCAGUGGCGCCAACUACGGCGAAAAAUGGAAUGAGAGCUUAGGCCGGAACCGCGCAGAUCGUCCUCAGUAGUUGCCCAGACGCUGUCACGGGCGUAGCUGGAUGCUGGGUUGUCUCUCUCUCUCUCGCGCGCGCGCGUGUGCCGCAGGGAGGUGCUUCCUUUUCUUCUUCCUCUUCCUCCUGACCUACCACCCUCUCGCCGUUUCCUCCUGUCGCCGUUUCUCCUUCUAUUUUCGACGAGGCGAAUAAAAUAAUUCAUAAAUUAAUCUAAGAGCAAGUUAUAUACGCGUGGCAGUAGUAGUAACAACACAACAAUAACAAUAACAACAACACAACGAGGAGGACGACGACGACGACGACGACGACGACGACGACGACGACGACGACGAGGACGACGACUACAAUAUUUAAUAAUAUUUAAUAAUAAUGAUAAUAAUAGUAAUAAUAUAAAGAAAAGAAGAAAAAAGCCAUAUACACGAGACAACGCACACAUACACGUAUAUACAUACACAAUUACUCUACUUCUUCCCUCUCCUCUUCCUCUCCACCAAUCUCUCUCCUUCCACCAGCCUCGUCUCGAUAUCGGCUCACGUCCGUUUUCGCUCGCCGGCCGGGAGGAAGAGAGAAAAGGAGAGAGAGAGAGAGAAGCUGCAUAAAAAAGGGGAAGAAAGAAAGAGAGAGAGAGAGAGAGAGGGAGAAGUGGAGAGAGUGAGUGAGUGAGUGUGUGUGUGAGAGAGAGAAAGAGAGAAAAUGUGAUAGAGGGGGUGGUGGUUUCUUGCCGGUCGGUUGGAGGAAGAGAGAGAGAGAGAGAGAGAGAGGUAGAUAGAGAUAGAGAUAAAACUGAUCGACGACGAAAGAAUAUAAGAAAAGAAGAAGAGCCGAUAGAAAAUGUGGUGAGAAGGAAGAAGUGUGUUUCUGUGUGUGGUGCAGUGCGGUGUUGUGUUUCUUUUUGUUUUUCUUCUUCCACUGGAAAGAAAGAGAGAGAGAGAGAGAGAGAGAGAGAGGGAGAACGCCGCCGUAUAGAAGAUAAGAGAAGAGGAAAAGAGAAAGAAAGAUAGAGCAUGGCGUGGUCGGAUUUAGCAUGUGUCUACUCGCCGUGAUGUGAAAGUGCGUCGAGAGUGAAAACGAAGAGACAGAAAACGAAUUAAUAAUUUAAUCAACGUGGAUCUCUGAACGGUGAUAAUGACGAUGAAGACGACGACGACGACAAUGAUUUUUGUGAUAUUGAUAGCGAUUCUAUUCAAGGGAAGAGGAUCUUUUCGUACUCGGCACUGAAACCGUCCGGCAUUCUAAAUUAAGGAAUGGAGGGAACGUGGCAGUGGGAGCAGCGAAAGCACUGCCAUAUCAUACUGCUUAAUCCUUCAUCGUACGUAAAGAAAAACCCGAGACAAGUUGCAGCCAUUGAGAAAAUGGUCAUACGCAAGUACAAUAUCAGCGAGGACGAUUUUAAAAUCAUGGAAACCGUGGUUCUGAAAACGGAGCCACACAAGGCAGGCCAGCAAUGGAAGUUUGCGGGUGCUUUCUACUAUGCAACCACGGUUCUCACCACAAUCGGUUACGGACACUCAACGCCAAAUACCAUAAGCGGUAAACUCUUCACGAUGUUCUAUGGAAUCGUUGGAAUCCCAUUAGGACUCGUGAUGUUCCAGAGUAUAGGCGAACGCCUUAACAAGUUCUCAUCCGUUGUGAUACGGAACGUAAAGAGUCUUCUGAAUUGUAAGGAUGUCCAGGCUUCGGAGAUAAAUUUGAUCUGCGUUGUGACGACCUUAUCGUGUCUGACCAUCGCUGGUGGUGCAGCAGCGUUUUCCAGAUACGAAGGGUGGUCCUAUUUCGAUUCCAUUUAUUAUUGCUUCAUCACUCUGACGACCAUAGGCUUCGGUGAUAUGGUAGCUCUUCAAAAGGACAAUGCUCUGGAUAAUAAGCCAGAGUACGUAAUGUUUGCCUUGAUAUUCAUACUCUUUGGAUUGGCCAUCGUUGCGGCCUCCCUUAAUUUGUUGGUCCUGAGAUUCGUCACGAUGAAUACCGAGGACGAGAGACGAGACGAGGCCGAAGCUUUGCAGGCUGUACAGGAAGCAGUACGUUUGGAAGGUGAUGUGAUAACUGCAAACGGCUCGAUAUUGUCGGAGCGAGUCGGUAAUCACGGUGAAACAGUUUCGUUGGACGACGAGGCAUCAGUAUGUAGCUGUCGCUGUACCGGCUUUCAAAAGAAACGCCGGAGACCGCGUUUUACGGUUCGUCGCUCACCCGGCAAGAUUUCUCAUCUCUUACCGAUGCAGCAAUUUUCACAACCGAAUCAACGUGCCGAAUUAAGACCACCCCAGUUGACGCCGUUGUUACAAUUACAAACGUUGCAUCAACAUCGUGCCAGUAUCUGACAACGUUCUUAUGCUUCUUCGUUAAAUUCGAUAGAACGUCAGCCAAGACGAGAGUCCGUCUGAUCGUCCAUAGAAAAGCCAAACAUUUCUAUGUUCGAUCAACGACUAAAAGUCGAUGGCCAAGUAAAGUCGUGUUCAACAAACGUCUCGUCUUGUUCUCCAAAAUUUCGAUGUAAUUUUUCAAGACGGCACUGAUAUCAACAGUUCAACUUUCUUCGUGGAUAAAUAAAAAGAUAAGAAAGGAAAAAACAACAAAGGAAACAAACUAUUCUGUCUACCGUGCAGCAGCACCUCGUUCGAACGUCAAAGAAAGAACGUCGGUGGAGUGUGAAACCAAACGCGUACAGCUUGGCUCUUCCUUUCAUUUUCUACUCGGACGAACAUUAUAUACGUUGAUCCAUUAAUAUUUCAUUUUAUCUACGAUAAAGUAAAUUCGUCUCUCUCUUAUCUUAAAUUAUUAUACACACGUACACUUACUUAUCUCUGUCACGAAUUAUCAUAGUAAAGAUAUCUAUGUUUUCUUUAGAUGAUUUAGUCGGCGAACGAGAUAAUUGUAAUGGAGUGAACUAUAGAAAAGAGAGAGGGAGAGAGAGAGAGAGAAAAGAAAAAUAAAUAGAGAUUCGUUCGUCCGAGUUCCAUUGAUCGUGUAAGCCCAGGCGUGUUAUAUGUAACACAUGAUAGAUAGACGUUCCACGUGCGGAGCAAUUUUCUUGCCUUUUAUUAAAAAGUAGUAUCUAUUUGAAUAUUUUUUAAUGUCAAAGAAUAUAUCUUUAGUAUUCCAAAUUUCGACAUGUAUGUACACGGAGGUAUACGUAGUAUAAAUGUGAAGAGUGCUAGUAGCGAGCCAACCGAACGUUUCCACGCGUGUAACGUGGCGACGAAAUUUCAAAAGUUAGAAGAAAAGAAGAAGAAAGAGGAGAGAAGAAAAAAAAAAGGAAAAGAAAAAACCAAAGGAAAAUAAAAAAGCUUUAAUGAAGACGACCAACCCCCAACAAACAAAUAAAUAAAUAAAUAACAAUCUCGGAUCGUUCGACGACUCGUUACAAUAAAUAAAUAUAUAUAUAAAAAAAAGGAAAAAACAUAAAAAAAAUAAUAAAAAAAUGAUUAUUGAUAAAGAUCUUCAGUAUGUUUCUAAUGAAAGCUCGUCAUAUUUGUAUAUGACGUUGCAUCGUGCACCGAUUCGUGAUCGAUGAUAAAAUUCGAUGAGAAGCCAAACGAUUCGAUGCACCGAAUUCUUCAUUAAUUGUUACUUCGUUCGAUCACAAAUUAAUAAUAAUAAUAAUAAUAAUAAUAAUAAUAAUAAUAAUAAUAAUAAUAAAUAAUAAUAAUAAUAAUAAUAUUAAUAAUAAAACGAGAAGGUGAAACGAGGGUCGACUAUUAAACUUCGUACGUCUUCGUUAUUAUCGACUACAAAGUAAAAACAAAACAAAAAAAAAAUGAAAUAAAAAUAAAAAUCAAGAGAACGACGUAUGAAUUCGAGAUUUGUAAUAUAUUAGGAUUAUAGUUAUACGUAUAUGAAACACAACGAUCUUACAAGAUCGGGAGUCAUUUUUAUGAAUACGAAAAGUAACAUAUACACACGAGCAUUACAAGAAAAGAAUAAGAGAGAAAAAAUAAAUAAAUAAAAGAAAAAGGGGGGAGAGAGAUAGAACGAAUUUGAGAAGCGUCUAGCUAAUUGCAUUUCUAAUCUAGCACUUUCAUUUUCGUUGUGAGCUCAUCUAAUGCAUCUCGUUUUUUCUUCUCUCAUAUAUAUAUAUAUAUAAAAAAAAAAGAAAUAAUAAUAAUAAUCAUCUGAAAACUUUUGUAUAAUCGUUACGUAAAAUCUUAAGUCUUGAUCCAUUUCGACGUUAAAUGCACCAAUCUUUUUGACGAAUAAUAUUUCUAUCGAUUUCUCCGCUUGUUAUAAUCGUAAGGAUAGAUAUUAUUUGAUCGAUGAAGAAAAACGAAAGAGAGAGAGAGAGAGAGAGAGAGAGAGAGAUAGAAACGGAUAGAGAGAAAAAGAGAGAGAAAGAGAAAUACACUCCCAACUGUUCAUAAACUUAAAAAUAGAAAUCGAAUUAAAUUAAUAGCACGUGAAUAUUAAAUGGCGUUUUCAAUCAAUAAGAUUUUGUAAUAAACCAACCAAAAAUAUACGUAUUCAUUUAUUUUCUUUUUUUUUUUAUUUGAUUUUAUAUUAUAAUUAUUAUUAUUAUUUUAUUUUCUUAUUUUUAAAUCCUUUCUCGACAAAAAUAUCACGGAAAUGUCAAGGUUCGCGUAGAAUAUUCCGUGAAUAAUUUUUAAUCGUAGGAUGAUAUUUUGCGUCGAAGAUAGAGCCAGCUUAUAACUCAUUCUUUUUUUUUCUCUUCUUUCUUUUUUUUUUUAUGAUGUUACAUGAUAAUACGAUGCCAGGUGCAAAAAAGAAGAAGAAAAGAAAUGAAGAAAAUAAUUAUAAUAUUAAUAUUAAUAUUAAUAAUAAUAAUAAUAAUAAUAAUAAUAAUAAUAAUAAUAAUAAUAAUAGAACGACCAUCGAAAAUUGUCUACCCUGGAAUCCGUUUUCCCGGAAAAUAUCUCUCUAUUAUUGGUAGCACCAAAUGCCUUCUUUUUAAAAACCAUUUAAGAUGAAUAUUAAUCGAUCGAUAAUACACAAUAUUUUAAAAUAAGAUUCUGAAAUGCGUUUUAAAAUCCGAAUCCAGAGUAAUAAUGAAAAAAAAAAAAGAGAGAGAGAAAGGGAAAGAAACAAAGAAACAAAGAAACAAAGAAAGAAAGAAAGAAAGAAAGAAAGAAAGAAAGAAAGAAAGAAAGAGCGAUUACCACACAGAAAAAUCGUUAUUUAACGCUAAUAAGUCGAACCUUAUCUCUGCUUAAUGUUUAAAUAGAAAAGCCGCGUAAUCGGCUUUAUACACAUAAUGAAUUUCUUUAGAAACAAAAUCUCGUUCAAUUUGUAAAUGAUGUGCCUGCUUAAGUGUCAAAAGAAGAAGAAGAAAACAAAGAAAGAAAAAGAAACCAAUGAACGAUUAUUAAAUUGCUCCGAAAUGAUUAUAUUAUUAUUAGUACGGGCAAGUACAAAAAAGGACCCGUUUAUAUAACGGUUAUGCGAAUUUAGAUUUAAUCAUCCGGUUAAUCAUUAUUAUCGAGUCAUUAUGUUUCGAAUUUUAAUAACUCGAAACUUAUAGUUCACUCAAAACAAAGUAUAUCAAACAAAAUCGAUAUCUCUCAUCGAUAAAAACUUCUUACAUACAUACGUACAUAAAUACGAACGAAUCUCGCAUGACAAAUUUAUUCGAAUUUCUUGCGCUACGUUAAUAAGAAAAACAAAUUACGUAAAAAUGAUAAAAAUGACGACUUAUCAGGAGAGAUUCAUUAAUUGAUUAAUAAAACGUUUAUUAGUUACACCGUUUUACAAACUUAAAAAAUGAUAUAAUUCACAUAAACAAUUGGAAUAUUCUAAUAUACAUAAUAUAUCAGUAAAAAUCGAUCGAAAUAAUCAAUUAUUACGUAAUGAUUCCUAUGUGAAAUCUUGUUUUUUUAUAAGAAAAAAAAAUAUAUAUUGAAUAUAUAUACCUUGAAAUAUAUAUGUAUAUAUAUAUAUAUUUCUUACUAUUCAUAUAUUCGAACUAUAUAUAUAUUUCUUAUAUUAAUUACAAUUCAUGUAAAAUUAAUUUGUUCGUUAUUUUUAACAACAACCGAAGUACACGUAUUCUGAUUAUAGAUAAGAUUCGAAUGAUCGAUUCUAAUGAAAUAAACUCGUUUAUUUAGUUGCUCGUUUAGUAUUUAUAAAACGAAAUUUACUAUGUUUCAUUGUGUCACGGUAGUUGUAAGAAAGAAGAAAAAAAAAAUGAUUUUUUAUCUACCGCAAUACAUAUUACGAAACGACCAUAAAAUAUCACGUACGAAAAGAGAAAAAAGGGGUGAGAGAGAGAGAGAGAGAGACAGUGAGAGAGAGAGAGAAAAAGAAAGAGAAUAACAAAUCUAUUAAAAAUAAUCUCAAAACCAGGGUGAAUACAUAAAUACGCUCGUCGAAAGACGCUACCUAUCGAUUGUAAUAUAAUGUUGUAAUAUAUUAUUAAGAUACACAGGGAUGGGGAUAAAAUUUCGAGUCUAGUUUGACAACUUGUAAAUAAGCGUUUUUUGGAUAAUUCAAGGAUACACAUAUAAGAUAUGUACAAUAAAAUAUGCCGGUAUAUUUAGAGUUCUACGACAUAUAUAUAUAUAUAUGUAUAUGUGUGUGUAUAUAUGUGUAUAUAUAUAUAUAUGUAUGCAUAUAUAUGUAUAUAUGUGUAUGUAUAUGUAUAUGUAUGUAUAUAUAUAUAUGUAUAUAUAUAUAAAGCUCAUCUUUCAAACUUCUUUUUUUAGUAAUUACGAUUAAACUUUAAUGUUAAAAUCAUAGAUGACUGCUUACUCGAGACGCAAAGAUCGCAUUUUAUCUCUAAUAUAUUAAACAUAUUUAAAUUUCUCUUAUAAAAAAAAAAGAAAAAAAAAACCGUAAAAAAAAUCCAAAAAAAGAGAAGAAUUUGAAUACAUCGUCAAUGUAAUUUUGAGAAUAUUUAACGAAUCACUUAGUAAGUUUCAUUAAUAAAUUUAUAGAAAUGGAUUUUUUAUAAGAAGGAAAAUGAUCGAAUUGAUUAUCAAAAUUAUAUGAAAAUUAGAUAUUUCGUUAAUAUCCAUAUUAUAAUUAAACAAACCAAAAGUUUUUCAUUGUUUGAAAUAAAAACAAUAUUUGAUAAUUGCAAACGUUUUUCUUUUUCGUUUGAUUGCAAUUCAUCUUGAAUGUAAUUCUAUUCGAAGAAGCAUGCAACAAUGGUAAAACAUAACUCUAUAUAUUGUUAUUAUUAUAAUCAUAAAAAAAAAAUUUAUGAAAAUAAUUAUAAGAGCAUUUCCUUCUUAUAAUUCGAUUGAUUUGUCAAAAAGAAGAUUUUAACUUUUCAAUGAAAAUAUUAUGUGCAUUAAUAACAAAGAAUCGUUAAUAAUAUUCGUAUGUGAAAUUUUAUAUUUUUUUUAUGUUUUUCGUCUCGUUGUAAGAUAAUAUUCAUUUUUCGAUUACUAUGUCGCGAUAAUGUUGCGAUGUAAUAAGUAACAAAAAAAAAAAAAAUAGACUAAUCAUUGAUUGAAUCUUCCGUAGACUUUCCGCCAAAAUUUGUUUACACCGUGAUUCCACUUUUUUCUUAAUUCACAAGAAAAAACGCAUGUAAAUAAAUUAAAAAACAAAGAUGACAUAAAUCGAAUAUUUAGCGAUGUGAAAAUGAGAAGAUUUCACAUUUUUAAUCUCGCAUUAGCAGGUAACGAACACCAUAAAGAAAGAGAGAGAGAGAGAAAGAGAGAGAUAAAGAGAAAAAUAAAGAAAGAAGAAAUACUGUUCGCAUUAACUCGAGUGUAUAUAUAUACAUAUAUAUAUAUACAUGUAUAUACAUAUAUAUAUAUAUAUAUAUAUACACGUAUAUACAUAUAUAUACAUACAUACAUACAUACAUACAUACAUACAUACAUACAUGCAGUAAUACAGUAAUAACGAUGAUUGCUGUAAAUUUACAUUAUCACAGUUGGAGAAUGUGUGAAAUUAAUUAACAAAGGAGAAAAAGGAAAUAAGAAAACAAGAAUAAUCAAGACACAUUUACUCACGCAAUGUUGCUAUAAGUGUUAUAGCAUAUAAGUAGUUUUUAAGAAUACCUUAGCUAUGAAAUUUUUUAAGUGAAAUGAAUAUAAUUCUAUAAAAGAAAAGAAAAUAACCGAAAGAAAGAAACAAAGAUGCAUAGCAAAAUAACAACAACAAAUUUGUUAAUUACAUAUGUAUUAAUGGUUAUUUGAAAGAAAAGCAAGCAAACUAUUGUAAUCUUAAUUAAUUCGUUCAUAGAAUGAAAAUGCGAAAAAUUUGGGGGGGGGGGUGGCGACGGAUGCAAGACCAAAUGUUAAAAAAAAAAAAGAAACGAAAAAUUCGUGCAAAGAAAAAAGCAUAAGUUCACGAUAAUAAUAGGAAUAAUAUCUUCAUGGUGAUCGUACCACUACUUUUUGCCAAUACAAUCUAUUAUGCUUCCUUAAGAAUUACGUAUGCUUUUUUAUUUACUAUAAUAUUUAAUAUCAUUCUCUCUCCUUAUAGAAAUAUGUACUUACAUAUUUACUUAAUAUUAUUCGCUGUUGCGAGGAACGAUUUACUUACGAUUUUUGUAAAGGAAAAGAAAGACGAAAGAGAAAGGGAAGAAAAUUGAAAAAAAAAAAGUAAAAAAAGAAGAAGGAAAAGGACAGAAAAAACCAUAUUAAUUGAUCUUCCAGACCUUGUAUUUAAAAUGUUCAGAUAUAAAUUAAGACUUAUUAAGAAUUAUUAACGGUACUUAUUUCGAUCGAUAUGGAUUAUCGAUCGAUAGUUUGUACAAAAAACAACAACAAAAAAAAAAGGAAACAACAACAACAUUUCUCAUUAUAACGCUAGAAAUAGUAAAACUCAUCGUUCGGUUUCCUCUCCCCGACAAUUGAGAAAGAAAUAAAGAGUGAAAGAAAGAAAAACAAAAAAAAUUGAGAAAAAGAUGUCGAUGAUAUAUGUUAGUUCGAAAAACGAUACUUGUAAAAAGAGAACACACACACACACAAACACAUACAUGCGCGCAUACACAUACACACACAUUAUGUAUUUAAAUAGUAUCCAUAUAAUUAUUUGUAAGAUAAAGAAGGACAGAAACCAGACUUUAUUGGAUAAUGAACGAACGAGACGAAUGAAAGCAAACAAAGAGAAUUUAAAAAAAUAUAAAAUCCUUUCAGCACGCGCGCGCGCCUUAAAACGAGCGACUUCGAUGUAAACAAAAAUCUGGAAGGAGACCACAUAUCCCUCACUUUCAUGUAAUUCUUAUUUAAUUAAAAAAGAAAAAAAGAAAAAAAAGAAAAAAAGGAGAAGAGAGAGAGAGAGAGAGAGAGAGAGAGAAGAAAAAAAGAAAGAAAGAAUAAAAGACCACACACAAAGUCUCACAAAAUGAGAAGACAAUGAUAACACAUCAACGCCGAAUAAUUAUAAUAAAGAUAAAGAUAAAGAUAAAAAUAAUGAAAGAAAGAAAGAAAGGGAAAAACGUACAUGAAUACAUAUACAUACGUACAUACAUACAUACAUACAUACGUACAUACAUACAUACAUACAUACGUACAUACAUACAUACAUACAUACAUACACACAUUAAUACGUAAAUAAAUAAAAUAAAAUAAAUCUUGUAAAAACAUCGAGUUAAACAACUGAAUUAUUAGGCGAAAAGAAAAGACAAAAAAAAAAAAGAAAUAAAGGAAAACGGAAAAGGAGAUAAAGGCUAAAAACGCGUUCGUGCGAUUCGAAAUAGGUUCCAAAAAUCUGCCUGCACACACCGCCACGUGUACUGACGUUUAAGUGGAUCGUACUUUGUAAAUUACUAUGGACUUCCUAAUUAUAUGCUGGUAUAUAUAUAAAUAUAUAUAUAUAUACAUAUAUGUAUAUAUGUAUGUGUGUAUACACAUACAUAUAAAAUACGAGUAUAAAAUUGUAUAUGUGUAUACACGUAUAUAUAUUAUACGUAAAUACAUGUGCUCUGCCACAAUAAAGCAGUUUUUUCUAAUCUAAAAAAA